AUGCCACUCAACUAUGAUCAGAUGGUGGAUCUGGUGAACCGAAAUCAGAGCGGUGAAUCUCAUAUUCCCAUUAUUGAUGUACGCGGCGAAGAUGAGGUCUCCGACACUGGAAUGAUCCCAACAGCUGUAAAUGUCCCGUUGAAUGAACUCGCAGAUGCCGUGCAUCUCAAAGACAGUGCUUUCGCAGAAAAGUAUGGCAGUGAAAAGCCAGAAAAGAGCAAACCAGUUGUAUUGUACUGUUUAAAGGGAAUGCGUGCAGAAAAGGCACGUGAGGUGUUGGAACAGGAAGGCUACACAGCCAUAAAUACAUACCCUGGCAGUUGGGAAGAGUGGAGUGCUCACCAUUGA